AUGCCUUUCCGGAUCGGACGGUCCGUGUUCCGUUCCUCAAAUACCUCGCCAGUUGGCGAAGGGAGCACCAACGACGGCGAGGAUCGAUUUGGACGUGGCGAGGGUUCCGGGUCGGACUCUGACGAAUUCCGGCAGCGCAUGGAGGGCCUCGUGAACCGAGACGACGACAGCUUCGACGGCAAGCAACUGGCGGCGCUGAUCUACCAAAAGUACUCGCGCUCGUACGACGUGCAGCUCAUUCGAAAGGAAUUCUUGGGCCGUCAACUGCUAGCCAUGAACGUCAUGUGGAAGUACCGAGAGCAGAAAUCCUUUCCUCUGACGAAGGAGGAGUACUUGUAUCGGCUGGACAGAGUUGCAGAGAAUUUGAGGUGCUGGGGGGCUGUGGGGUUGGUCAGGGCAGGCCUGGCUGCCACCAAGGAAAGGCCUCGCACAGGCAAGGCUGUGUCAAUCCGUAUUGACCUGGAUCAGACAAAUAUUCGUGCUAACGAGUGGAUUCAACGUUGA